AUGACGCAUUACAGUGAACUUGGCAUAAGCUGGUCAGCCAGCCAUCGUGCGAUUUGUACAGCAUACCGGCAGAGAGCGCUGCAGACUCACCCGGACAAGGGCGGCAGCCACGAUGCAUACGUCCGGGUCCGCCAGGCAUUCGAGGUGCUGAGCGACCAGAACCUACGUGCAGAUUACGAUGCGGAGCUCAGAGCUGCCGGAGCACGAGACUCGAGCGAAAGUUCUGGCUCAGUACCGACAGCUUCAGCAACAGGUUCCGGUGGAUCUUCAGCCUCGAGACAGCAACCGCUCGUCCUGAUGGGUAACACGCCUUGGCAGGAAGCUUCCAGGACAAUAGCUGGGAUGAUGGACCUCCCAGAGUCCGCCUGGGCAGCUGUGUUGGAGACACACAAUGCGGAGGUUCUUGAAUGUUGCCGCAAGCAGCUACAAAGAUGUCGGGAGACGCCGAAUCUACGCGGCCAAGCGGCCAAAGAGUCUGCCGCGUGUGCUGCGGAUGGUCCCUCUGUCAGAGGCCUCUACCAAACAAAGCGAGGCAGCUGGGAGGUCAGCCUGUCUAUACAAAAGGUCCAAUGCGCUAUUUUCAAUGUCCACGAGAUUGAGAGGGCGCAUGAUUGGCAUAUAGCCCUUGUCGAGCUGCGCCGAAAGGUCAGUGAGAACCUGACAAAGGACUACUCAGAGCGAGAAGCCUUCAGAGAAGCCUUGGAGGAAAGUUACGAAGCCGACCCAGAGCUAAAGCUGGUUCUGAGCUUCCGAGUGAGCAUCCGAGAGGACAAGAAGGUCAUCAACGGUCCUCUUACCCAUCGCUUGGAAACGGCCCUGCAGUUGCGAAAUCGAGUGCAACAGCUACGGAACAUGCGCGGAUCGUCGCAGGAUAUUGACAAGGAGAUUCGGGAUGCCAAGACCUAUGAGAAGAAGCAGAGGGAUCUUCACAAAGCCCGACAGGCAGCCAUGCUUCAGGAGGUCCUUGCUGUUUUGGAGCAGCUUCGGCGAGAGGAGGCAGCGCGAAAGCGGCAGAGUGCCCCGCUACCUCUGCCAGCACCAGAACAGCCAGAAGCAGUGGACGCAGCACCGGACACGCAAGAAGCGGAAGCUGCAGAAGCACCGGCUGAAGAGGACAAGGAAGAUCCUGGUCCUGCGCAGGUGGAUGGCUACGCCGUGCCAAUCAAGAACUUCGCAAAGUUCUGCAGAGCUAUGUCAUUGUCCAAACCGCAGCGGGAGAAACUUGUCAAGCUCGUGCAGGAUGACACUGAGGUCCAGAAUGCUAUCCGCGAGGCAAUCGUUCGUCACUGCGGAAAUCUCCGUGGAGCUCCAGCCUUGAAGGACAAGACGGUCAACGUUCCAGCCAUGGCAGGCAGAAGUCACAGAGGGUACUCCACAGCCUUGGUCGCAUACAGAGGAGCCGCGACGGGCGCUCCUCGGAAGAAGGGGCUGCUCGAGCUUUUGCUGGAGAAGCACGAGGGCGCUUUCUACCCUGGCUUACUGACAAUCCGGGAGCUAGUCAGAGUGACGUCCACUUGCCGGCGUACCUACAGUUCAUCAGCCGCUGCGACAAAGCGUCAGCUGGCGAACUUUCGGAUAGCGGAUUUCGGUCAGACAACUGCAAGGUCGAAGCGUGGACGGGUUUUGCCACGGGGAGAGCUUCGCGAGCUCCGGAUGCUUCAGGAAUGUUUGCGGACGAGGCUAUCAGUCAGAAGAACGACAGUCCCUUUCUUUGCGCAGAAUGCUAAAAUGCCUGACAAAAGGCGAUUCGCGCUGCAGAUCCAGCACUUGGACCUAUCAACCCUGUCGGCAUCUUAUCCGCGUACGGAGCACUGUGGCUCAGUGCUGUAUGUCUUGGCUGAGGGAGAUGUCAUCCAUCAGCAAGCAGGACUUCCAAUACAUGCUCGGGUGUUUGCCCAAUCUAGCCAUUGCCUUAUAAAAGCUGAGACGUGCGCCCUACCCUUCUUGGACAUGCUGAUGCGCAGAACCCUUCUAGGUGUCAGUCAUAUUGCCCAGCAGAGGCCAUGCAACCAGAUCAAACAGGAAGGCGGUACGCAGCAGUUUUGGGAUGCAGGCUGGGCGGGUACUCUUCAGCUACGCACCUUCGUGAACAUUGCGAAGUCAUUGAAGGCUCGGCACGCGCAGCUUCUGCAAGCGCAUUUGGGGUCUUUGCUUGGCUUGUAA